UCUCUCAAGGCUCAACCACUUUUUUUGGCGGGAAACUCGACCAGAAAAUCCUCAAGAGCAGAGAAGAGAGAGACUGAGAGAGAGAGAGAAGGAGAGAAAGAUGGCGGCGGAAGAGGGAAAGGAGGAGGCGGGAUUGGAUCAGGUGGAGGAAGAGUUCUCUGUGUGGAAAAGGAACACGCCGUUUCUCUACGAUCUAAUGAUCUCUCACCCGCUUGAAUGGCCAUCUCUCACUCUCCAUUGGGUCCCUUCGACUCCGAUUCCGUACGCGAAGGAUCCUUACUUCGCCGUACAUAAGCUUAUCCUCGGGACCCACACCUCCGGUGGUGCCCCGGAUUUCCUCAUGGUCGCCGACGUCGUUAUCCCGACACCUGACGCUGAGCCAGGGUUAGGCGGCAGAGAUCAAGAUCCCAUCGUUCCUAAGGUGGAGAUUAGGCAGAAGAUACGUGUUGAUGGAGAAGUGAACAGAGCGCGGUGUAUGCCACAAAAGCCAACUCUUGUGGGUGCUAAAACAAGUGGGUCGGAGGUGUUUCUGUUUGAUUACGCCAGACACUCUGCAAAGCCCCAAACAAGUGAAUGUGAUCCUGAUCUGAGGCUGAUGGGACAUGAACAAGAAGGCUAUGGAUUGGCUUGGAGCGCCUUCAAGGAGGGUUAUCUUUUGAGUGGUUCACAGGAUCAGAAAAUCUGCCUUUGGGAUGUUUCAGCUACUCCCAAUGAUAAGGUUUUGAAUGCAAUGCAUGUGUAUGAGGGACAUGAAAGCAUCAUCGAAGAUGUAGCAUGGCACAUGAAGAACGAGAACAUAUUCGGGUCUGCAGGUGAUGAUUGUCGAUUGGUGAUAUGGGACUUGCGAAUAAACGAAAUGCAACACCAAGUCAAAGUUCACGAGAGAGAGAUAAACUAUCUUUCUUUCAAUCCGUUUAAUGAAUGGGUAUUAGCCACAGCUUCCUCAGACUCGACUGUUGCCUUGUUUGACCUCCGCAAGCUGACUACGCCAUUACAUGUCCUGAGCAGACACGAGGGAGAAGUUUUCCAGGUGGAGUGGGAUCCCAACCAUGAAACAGUGCUUGCAUCUUCUGGCGAGGACAGAAGACUCAUGGUCUGGGAUAUCAACAGGGUCGGGGAUGAGCAACUUGAGAUAGAGUUGGAUGCAGAAGAUGGUCCACCUGAGCUGCUUUUCUCUCAUGGAGGCCACAAGGCCAAGAUAUCAGACUUUGCUUGGAACAAGGACGAGCCUUGGGUCAUCUCAAGCGUAGCUGAAGACAACAGUCUACAGGUCUGGCAGAUGGCAGAAAGCAUCUACCGCGAGGAUGAUGAUGAUGAUGAUGAUGAAGAUGAUGAAGGCGACCAAAAUGCACAACAUACCAAUAAGAAUCAGAAAUGAUUCAAGUCUUUUCGUGAAUGAUGAAUGAGUCGUUAUAAUUGUUGUUAACGUGUUUGGACCAAUCUAUAUAGAAAAGAUUGGGUAUGCUAUAAUUCUUAAGUUUGAUGGUUAACUAAAUCCUAUUUCAAAA